UUUACCUGAUUUUUUUGUUUUCACCCCAUGUAUACCUUUCAUGUGUUCUAUAACAAGCUGAUGUAAUAUUUGUGUCAACAAGAAUGUUAACUGGACAGAACUCAUACAUGAAUUAAAUGGUGCACAAAAUAAAUGGCUGUUGAAAUUUGGAAAUGAUUGAUAGGUUUGAAUAUGGUUAUUCUGAAUCGGUCACAGAUUUAAUUUAGGUUAAAUGGCAAGCCACCAUCUUAAAAUGGGGUUGUGAUUUGGACUGUAGAAUUACCCAAGGAAGGGUUUGUCUUCAAAUAAGAUAGCAGUAAUGGAUAAGUUGAUGGUUGCCACAGUGUUUUUUGCACCUGUCUUUUUUCCAAAACUAAAAUGGGUACAAUCACUCUUUAAGCGUUUACGGUGAAAUCACAGCUCACUGCAACCUCAACCCCCUGGGCCCAAGCAAUCCUCCCAUCUUAGUCUCCUGAGUACCAGGCAGUACAGGCUCCUGCCACCAUGUCCACUACGCCCAGCUGAUUUUUUAUUUUUUGGUACAGGCAAUUUCUUACCCAGUCUGGUCUAAGGUGAAAUGGUUCUCUGACCUCAGCCUUUCGAUGUACUGGGAUUACAGGCAGGAGCCAUUGUGCCCCAUCUGAAAAUUUUUUUGAUGGAAAUUGAGAUUUUAAGUAGUUUGCAACACCCUGUGCGAUAGUCAUUCUAAGAACAGAGACGUUAAGAACUUCUCACUGUGUGGGUGAACCAGGCUGUGCAUAAGUGUUCAUUGAGAUAAAACUUAACAGUGGCAGGAUUUCAGUAGUGGUGUAAAUGUCUUCUAAUAGCUUUUAUAUGAUGGUAUCCAGAAAAUUUUGUCAUGUUUAAUCCAUGCAUCUCUGAUAAAUUGGCCAUAUUUAAGUAAUUUUAUGAAGGUCACUAUUGCAGAGCUGGAGUUCGAACUUAUAGUGUGCUAUUAACUGAUUUAUGUUUGAAAGCACAGUAGUAGAAAUGGAUGGGGAACUGAACUGGGAGAUCUCACCCUGUCUUUCUCUGGUUCCUACUGGACUAUGCACAGCCAUGUGUGUACUGUUUUGUGAUAAUAUAAUUGGAUAUUUAAUGUAUUUGGUCACAAGAUCAACCUUAGGUGGGUUAUGCUGCGAGCAUUACAUGUUCCUCACCGUGUCAAAGGCACUGGGUGUACUGUGUUGGAUGGUUUCUACAUUUAAAGAUAAGCUAGUGUGCUUGGAGGUGUGGGAAGUGCAUGUAACGUUCUGCAAUAAGGGAGAUGGAGUGCUGUGAGAAUAAAGGGGGUAACAAAUCAGGUGGUAGUUGAUGCGCCUUACAGAAUUCUGUUAAGUGUGAUACCUGCAGGUAGAGGGGCUUCCUAUGAAGUUCAUAUGGAAAGUGAUGGGUUUGGGAAUGGCUGGGAGCAGGGUCAUAGACCGGAAGCACGUGAACCUAUGUGGAAAGCUGAGGCCUGCUUGCGCCUGCGCAGUGCAGCUUAGUGCGUCGGCGUGCAGUUCUCCCGCCCUUUUCAGUGACGCAGCUUGUGUAGUUAGGCUACGGGAGCUGGCCUUCAGAAACCUAUACUUGGGUUAGGGAAAGUUUUGAAGGAUGCUGAGGCCUGAGGUCUCAUCAACCUCGCCUUCUGCCCCAGCGGUUUCCCUCUCGUCGGGAGAAACACGCUCACCACAGCGUCCCCGCUACAAUUUCGGACUCCAGGAGACUCCUCUUAGCCGCCCUUCAGCCCAGGCCGUCUCUGCAUCCACCCCUCCCGGCACGUCAGGAGCCGCGGGCGACCGGAGCAGCAGCAGCAGCCUCCCCUGCCCUGUGCCAAGCUCCCGGCCAGCCCAAGGUACAUACUUUGGAAACAAAAGACCUUAUGUAGAAAACACACAUGCAUCAAAUUUUACUUUUGGUGCAAGCUCAUCUUCUGCACGAGAAACUAAUUAUCCUCAAACACUUAAAACUCCAUUGUCUACUGGAAAUCCUCAGAGAUCAGGUUAUAAAAGCUGGACACCACAAAUGGGAUAUUCAGCUUCAUCUUCAUCUGUGAUUUCUGCACACUCCCCAUCAGUUAUUGUAGCUGUCGUAGAAGGGAGAGGACUUGCCAGAGGUGAAAUAGGAAUGGCAAGUAUUGAUUUAAAAAACCCCCAAAUUAUACUAUCCCAGUUUGCAGACAACACAACAUAUGCAAAGGUGAUCACUAAACUCAAAAUUUUAUCACCUUUGGAAAUAAUAAUGUCAAAUACUGCUUGUACUGUGGGGAAUUCCACCAAGUUGUUCACUCUGAUCACAGAAAAUUUCAAGAAUGUUAACUUCACUACUAUCCAAAGGAAAUACUUCAAUGAAACAAAAGGACUAGAGUACAUUGAACAGUUAUGCAUAGCAGAAUUCAGCACUGUCCUAAUGGAGGUUCAGUCCAAGUAUUAUUGCCUUGCAGCUGUUGCAGCUUUGUUGAAAUAUGUUGAAUUUAUUCAAAAUUCAGUUUAUGCACCAAAAUCGCUGAAGAUUUGUUUCCAGGGUAGUGAACAGACGGCCAUGAUAGAUUCAUCAUCAGCCCAAAAUCUUGAAUUGUUAAUUAAUAAUCAAGACUGUAGGAAUAAUCACACUCUCUUUGGUGUUUUAAAUUAUACUAAGACUCCUGGAGGGAGUAGACGACUUCGUUCUAAUAUAUUAGAACCUCUAGUUGAUAUUGAAACCAUUACCAUGAGAUUAGAUUGUGUUCAAGAACUGCUUCAAGAUGAAGAACUAUUUUUUGGACUUCAAUCAGUUAUAUCAAGAUUUCUUGAUACAGAGCAGCUUCUUUCUGUUUUAGUCCAAAUUCCAAAGCAAGACACGGUCAAUGCUGCUGAAUCAAAGAUAACAAAUUUAAUAUGCUUAAAACAUACCUUGGAACUUGUGGAUCCUUUAAAGAUUGCUCUGAAGAACUGUAACACACCUUUAUUAAGAGCUUACUAUGGUUCCUUGGAAGACAAGAGGUUUGGAAUCAUACUUGAAAAGAUUAAAACAGUAAUUAAUGAUGAUGCAAGAUACAUGAAAGGAUGCCUGAACAUGAGGACUCAGAAGUGCUAUGCAGUGAGGUCUAACAUAAAUGAAUUUCUUGACAUAGCAAGAAGAACAUAUACAGAGAUUGUAGAUGACAUAGCAGGAAUGAUAUCACAGCUUGGAGAAAAAUAUAAUCUUCCUUUAAGGACAAGUUUUAGCUCUGCUCGAGGAUUUUUCAUCCAGAUGACUACAGAUUGUAUAGCCCUACCUAGUGAUCAACUUCCUUCAGAAUUUAUUAAGAUUUCUAAAGUGAAAAAUUCUUAUAGCUUUACAUCAGCAGAUUUAAUUAAAAUGAAUGAAAGAUGCCAAGAAUCUUUGAGAGAAAUCUAUCACAUGACUUAUAUGAUAGUGUGCAAACUGCUUAGUGAGAUUUAUGAACAUAUUCAUUGCUUAUACAAACUAUCUGACACUGUUUCAAUGCUGGAUAUGCUACUGUCAUUUGCUCAUGCCUGCACUCUUUCUGACUACGUUCGACCAGAGUUUACUGAUACUUUAGCAAUCAAACAGGGAUGGCAUCCUAUUCUUGAAAAAAUAACUGCAGAAAAACCUGUGGCCAACAAUACCUAUAUUACAGAAGGGAGUAAUUUUUUGAUCAUAACUGGACCAAACAUGAGUGGAAAAUCCACAUAUUUAAAACAGAUUGCUCUUUGUCAGAUUAUGGCCCAGAUUGGAUCAUAUGUUCCAGCAGAAUAUUCUUCCUUUAGAAUUACUAAACAGAUUUUUACAAGAAUCAGUACUGAUGAUGAUAUUGAAACAAAUUCAUCAACAUUUAUGAAAGAAAUGAAAGAGAUAGCAUAUAUUCUACAUAAUGCUAAUGACAAAUCACUCAUAUUAAUUGAUGAACUUGGCAGAGGUACUAAUACAGAAGAAGGUAUUGGCAUUUGUUAUGCUGUUUGUGAAUAUCUACUGAGCUUAAAGGCAUUUACAUUGUUUGCUACACAUUUCCUGGAACUAUGCUAUAUUGAUACCCUAUAUCCUAAUGUAGAAAACAUGCAUUUUGAAGUUCAACAUGUACAGAAUACCUCAAGAAAUAAAGAAGCAAUUUUGUAUACCUACAAACUUUCUAAGGGACUCACAGAAGAGAAAAAUUAUGGAUUAAAAGCUGCAGAGGUAUCUUCACUUCCACCAUCAAUUGUCUUGGAUGCCAAGGAAAUCACAACUCAAAUUACAAGACAAAUUUUGCAAAACCAAAGGAGUACCCCUGAGAUGGAAAGACAGAGAGCUGUGUAUCAUCUAGCCACUAGGCUUGUUCAAACUGCUCGAAACUCUCAACUGAAUCCAGACAGUUUACGAACAUAUUUAAGUAAUCUCAAGAAGAAGUACAAAGAAGAUUUUCCCAGGACUGAACAAGUUCCAGGAAAGACUGAAGAAUAGUAACAAUUUACAUCUUGUACUAAUGUAAUAAUUUGUCUUAAUUCAAGGAACCUAGAAUUUAUUUUUCUCCUCAGAGAUAAGGAAAAUAUUUGCUAAAUUUCAUAUUUUAAUUGAAUAGUACAUUACAUUAAUAUCAUAAUUGUCAUCUAUAUACUAUAUAUGAAAAAUAUUUAUUAUAACUUAAAUGAGAACUACUUGGAAUGGUUUUUAUGUUAGGAAAAAGUGUAAUAUACCACUUUUUUCUCAUAAAAAUUCACGAUUAAAACCUAAGUUUAUUUAUACUUACAAGUUAUAGUUUAAAAUAUUAUUGUAAAUACCUUAGGUUAAUAAAUAACUUUCUCUUUAGGGCUGGAAACUUUUUUUUUUUUUUUUUUUUGGAGACGGAGUUUCACUCUUGUUACCCAGGCUGGAGUGCAAUGGCGCGAUCUCGGCUCACCGGGAUCUCGGCUCACCGCAACCUCCGCCUCCUGGGUUCAGGCAAUUCUCCUGCCUCAGCCUCCUGAGUAGCUGGGAUUACAGGCACGCGCCACCAUGCCCAGCUAAUUUUUUGUAUUUUUAGUAGAAACGGGGUUUCACCGUGUUGACCCGGAUGGUCUCGAUCUCUUGAACUCGUGAUCCACCAGCCUCGGCCUCCCAAAGUGCUGGGAUUGAGCAUGAGCCACCGCGGCCAGGUCUGGAAACUUUUAUGAGCUUUUAUUUUACAUUCUAUUCUGAAGUAAUAAUGAAGUAAUAAUGCCCUGUGACUCAACAAUUUAUUAAUUAGUACCCCACAUUCCAACACUGGAAGGUUCUGAAGUUCAUCAGAGUAAUUUUGGAAUCACUCUGCUAAGUGAGUAAUCUCAGCCUAAAGGCCUAACAUUGAUAAGUUAUUCUUUUCUUGGGCAACUAAGUAUCUGAAAUUCAAGGUAUACAUUUGAACCAUUUAUACAGUAAGUUACUGUAUUCAUGGUAGUUUGACACCCUAACGUUAUUCACAAACCACUUAGGGCCAUAUUUUAUUCUAUAAUAUUUAAUAUUAAUAAUUGUUGACUUUAUUAAACUUUCAGCAUUCUAAGUAAAUAUUAAUAGCCAAGUAUAUUGAAAAAGUUAUAAUUUAAAUAAUACAUGUAUUAUUUUGGAAAAGUAAAUGUAAAUUUUUUAUUUGUUUUACAUUCAAUUCAACAUAUAUUAAAUGUCUUGUUAGAUUACUUA